AGGUAGAAAUGAGAUUAACAUCAUCCCUCUUCUUCUUUGGAGUGGUUGCAGUUUGUACUGCUGAUCUUUACUACAAUCCUGCUUCACCUAUAGAGGAGGUGGCAGUUUGCCCUGGGGAAGGUCCAAGAUACCAAGACUACAAGUGUAACCAUGACAGUACUCACAGAGUCUGUGCUAGGCUUGUAGAUAAUACUGAUGGGAAAUGUGAUGAACUGUCGUGGGAUGAUGAAGACCCUGACCACCCUAGGAGUUUCUGGGAUAUCACUAACCAAGAACGAUGGAACUGGAAGGACAAGGUGUGUGCAGCUCCCAACCCUGGUGACAGCUGGUGUAUCUGUAUGUGGGCUACUGCUAGUCUUAUCAAGAAGGUUGGGUGCGACAAUGUUCACAUCCGCUGUGAGGCUACAUCAGUAAACUAUAUGAUGGAGAAAUACACAGAUGGCGGAGUGGACCUGGCCGAUGCUAAAUUGUGUCUCCAGAAGAAAUGUCUGCAAUAAAAUGAUGGGAGUAUGGACUUGGUAGAGUACUAGCAUGCUUUAAUUUUGGGUUUAGUUCAAAUUAUGAGAAUCCACUGAAUCUUUGAAUUCGAUUAAAUUUCCGGUUUUCAAAUGUUGAGACCGACACUGGUAAUUGUUUUUAGUUUACAAUUUUGCAGUUGAUGUAACUGUUAUAAGUACAGACAUUACAGAGUACAGAGUUUAAUAUAUAUUUUUUAGAUGUAAUUGUAAAUUAGAUUUUUCUUAAAUUGAUUAUUAUAUUUUUGUUGUGACCCUUUGAUAAUCUGUGACCUUCAGAUUUUUUCUUUUUUCAAUUUCGUGCAACUGAUCUGUGACCAUCAGAUGUUUUUUUUUCAAUUUCUCGCAAUUUGUUUUGAAUGAAUUUUAAUUUUGGGAUGGACUUAUUUGAAGUUUGAUUAAUGCUAUUUGGGAUUUUAAUGAAAUUAAACUGUUUUAAAUUUCAACUUUUUCUGUAUCAUAGGUUAUAUUAUCAAGUUAACUUCGUCAUAUGUAAACAGAUAAUGCGUCUAGAUCUGAAUAAUUACACUCUGGCUGAUUACCAAAGCAAGCAGAUGCUACGGAUAGUAACCAUGGUAACUAGUAGUGU